GGUGCCUACGCGCAAAUAAUAUAAAUUCUCCCUCAUUUUUUUUUACCUUACAAAUACAAUUUACAGUAAGCUCUCUAAAGCUUCAACCAAAUUGCCGGCAACUGUUGGAAUUUUCUCCGGGAAGCAAAACGGUGUGCCACAGAGAAAUGAGAGGAGGCUUGAUAUGGGCUACAGCAGAUGACUUGGCAAAGAAUAGAGGAAGAGUUCUGUCUUUGUAUAGGCAAAUCUUGAGGAGCCUUAAUUCACCUGCUUUGCCAUUUAGCUUAGCAGUUAGACUUCAAAAGAAAGCUGAGGUCCGUGCGAUGUUCAUGUUGGGUUCCGAGGAGCAAUCUCUACAUAACAUUCAAGAUCUUAUUGAUGCUGCUGAAUACUCUCUUUCCGUUUUACGAAAAGGCGAAAUUCCAUAGCACUUUCAAGUUUAUCAAUAAGCCUGGACAUCUUGUUUGAAGCAGCUCUUGUUUGAUUCUAGUACUAGCAACGUCAAGUUUUUGAUGAAGAUUUCUCUUGUGCAACAUGACUCUCUAAUCAUCUCUAAAGUGGCUUCAGCUUCCUGUAAAUUUUAGUCCUGUAGUAUAUGUUUUUGGAGUAGACGAUCUAGGACAUUAUUUUGCCAGAGACUAUUCACACGAGGAUGCCAGCGUGCCCUGAAUAUACAAGCUGAAUUACAGAGACGGAGAACGACAUUUCCUUGUUCCUAGAGAUGUUUAGAUAUGAUAAAACAAAAAGUUGAUACCUGAGAAUUAUUAGUACUUGUAGUGAUUUCUUCUUUUCUGGCCUGUCAAGGUGAUACAGAUGUGUUUUAUGUGCAUCCCAAAGUCAGCACUUUUGCUUUGGUUGAUACUUUGCUCAA